AUGUGCGCGAGCGAGCAGGGCGAGCGCGUCGUUUUCGGCGGGCUCGUGCCCUGCGUCAUGCGGCCCCCGGAGCUCGACAACCUCUGGAAGAACUGUGGCUUCCCGCGCUGGAAGAUCGACGCUUACACGCGUCAGGAUGCGCACGACUCGGCCAAGUCGCUUUACCUCGAGGGCGUGGCGAACGCGCACAACCUGUACAAGCGCGAGGCACACUUCAGCGGCGGAGAUUGGGCGCUCGUCCUUGCCAACGCCAGAAAGGGAUGGCUCGAGUACAUUCGCGACGUCGACUACGAGGUGCCCUCACUGAGAACUGUGAAGGCGAUGCUGGGACUCUGA